AGGCCUGGCCAGCUCUUCAUCUCACAGCGCGGCACUUCCUCCCCGCGCAUUCCUGCGCUCCGCGUGCCCACACUGCCCCGAGCCCACUGCGCCCCGCCAGCCCCCAGCCCGGCCGUCACAGUGACAGCAGGUGGCCUUGGGCACCGGUGGGGGCCUCCCCACAGGCACGCGGCCCUGACACUCACCGGCCGCCUUUGAGGGUGGCCAGGCUCCCCCGAGAGGCCGCCUCUGUCCCUACCCCUGCUGGCCCCCGGUCCCGCCGGCCUCCCCCAUGCCUGGCUGAGACACCACAGUGGCCCCAGCUGCCCACACCUCUUCUGGUCUCCAAGGCUGGCAAGGCAGCACCCAACGCCGUGGGCACCGGGCAGCCAACAGACACCGCUGCCAGCCGGAGCAGCAGCGGCAUGGGCAGCGCCAGCCCGGGCCUGAGCACUGUGCCCCCCGGCUGCCUGCUGCUGCCCCCCGACGCGGCGCUGCGCUCAGGCCUGGAGAAGGCAGCGGGGCCCGGGAAAGGGGACUGGAGCCCCAGCCCGCCCGCCACGCCCGAGCAGGGCCUGUCCACCUUCUACCUCUCCGACUUCGACAUGUUGUACCCCGAGGACGGCACCUGGGUGGCCAAGGGCCCCGCGGCCAGCACCCAGGAGGAGCCGCCCGAGGAGCCCGAGCAGUGCCCGGUCAUCGACAGCCAGGCCCCGGGGGGCAGCCUGGACCUGGCGCCGGGCGGGCUGGCGCUGGAGGAGCACUCGCUGGAGCAGGUGCAGUCCAUGGUGGUGGGCGAGGUGCUCAAGGACAUCGAGACGGCCUGCAAGCUGCUCAACAUCGCCGCCGACCCCGUGGACUGGAGCCCCGGCAACGUGCAGAAGUGGCUCCUGUGGACCGAGCACCAGUACCGGCUGCCCCCCGUGGGCACGGCCUUCCAGGAACUGGGGGGCAAGGAGCUGUGCGCCCUGUCUGAGGAGCAGUUCCGCCAGCGCUCGCCCCUGGGCGGGGACGUGCUGCACGCCCACCUGGACAUCUGGAAAUCAGCGGCUUGGAUGAAGGCGAGGACCUCGCCAGGGGCUGUCCACUGCUGCGCGUCCACCAGCGAGGACAGCUGGACUGACAGCGAGGUGGACUCGUCCUGCUCCGGGCAGCCCAUCCAUCUGUGGCAGUUCCUGCGGGAGCUGCUGCUGAAGCCACACAGCUACGGCCGCCUCAUCCGCUGGCUCAACAAGGAGAAGGGCAUCUUCAAAAUCGAGGACUCUGCCCAGGUGGCCCGGCUGUGGGGCAUCCGUAAGAACCGCCCCGCCAUGAACUACGACAAGCUGAGCCGCUCCAUCCGCCAGUAUUACAAGAAGGGGAUCAUCCGCAAGCCGGACAUCUCCCAGCGCCUCGUCUACCAGUUCGUGCACCCCAUCUGAGGCCUGCAGCCACCUGGCCACCCCUGUCCUGCCGCCUUGGCCCUGGCCAGAUGUGGCUGGGCUCAGGGACAAAGGGCAGCCUGAGGUUGGGUCCCCAAGCACAAGGUCAGGGAGGGCGGCCUGCUGCUGCUAGGGGUACAGCACGCUCCCUGGGGACCCAGGCCCUUGCUGCUUCCAUGUACAGUGCCCUGGUGGAUGCAGGGUAACAGGCCGCUCCCUGGCACAGGCCCCCGCCACCUCCACCUCGGACCCCACAGGUCCAGAGCAGCGCCUCGGAACAGCAGGGACAUGGCCAUGGCUGUGAACACUGGGGCUUCCUCUGUUCAAGCCCCGCUGCCCACUCUGCCCCAGGCCUGGCGUGGGGCUAGGAGACAUCUGUACCCUGAGCUGGGAGCCAGGAGUGCUCCCAGGAACAGGAUGUGGGGAAACAGACAGGUCCCCAGGGCCUGUGAGGGGAUGGGACAGCCCAGAGCCCAUCAGUGGUCAAGUGGUCACAGAAGAUCCGUGGUGCAUGGUAACACACACACCUGUGAUCCGAGCACUUUGGGAGGCUGAGGCAGGAGAAUGGCGAGUUGGAGACCAGUCUGGGCAAUUU